UAGAUACUAACAAAAUUCUCUAUCUCGCUCGUCACCCGCAACCUUCAGUAGUUUGCUGAACCAUCUUGUGGGUCGGCAAUCCGAUUUACUUUUAUCAGGCACUCCAAUAACGCUGAUAGAUUAGGUCUAGUUCAGCAUCAUUGACUAUCCAUUUUACAAGCAAUAUACUUAUUUUCUACGUUGUCAUUUUCGUAGACGCUGAUGAUAUGUUAUAAAAGGGUAAAUCGUCUCAGUUAUUAAUGUUUAUGCAAUUUUUAGAGUCAGACCAAGACAAGUCUGCAACAAAUUUUAUAGCACAUAGCAAAAACAAUACAUUGCCAUAAGGAUAAUUCCAUAUGGGGAAAUAAAGCGAGUUGCCAUUUAAUUGGAUACUUUAAGUAAUAACUUGUCUUCAGAUAAGUAUCACUUUGGCACUUAAAUUUGCAUCAUUAAAAAAACAUGCAAUGAAAGUUUCGUGUCUUUAUGUACAACCCAUAAAAUAAUUUUCUCAUCAUUUACAUAUGACACUUGCCCCAGGUGGUGUAUACGUGGGAAAUGGAUUUCAACCGGAGCGUGCUGAGCGCGUCAACGCUGCUGGUGCCGCGGACAACGGCGGCGCCGGCGCCGGCGCCGGGCAUGCCGGCGUGGGCGCACAACUCGUGGGUCUGCGUGUUCGCCGCCAUGCUUGCGGUCGCUAUAGGCGGCAAUGCCAUCGUUAUCUGGAUAGUCACAGCCCAUCGACGUAUGCGCACAGUAACUAACUAUUUCCUGGUGAACCUGUCCUUCGCCGACCUCAUGAUGGCGUCGCUAAACUGCCUCUUCAACUUCAUCUACAUGCUGCACAGCGACUGGGUGUUUGGAGUGAGGUACUGCCAGCUGAGCAACUUUAUCGCCAACGUGACUGUUGCAGCCAGCGUGUUCACGCUCACUGGCAUAUCCUUUGACAGGUACCAGGCGAUAGUGCGGCCGAUGCGGCCGCGGAUGUCUAAAACGUGCUCGCUCAUAACGAUAGCGGUCAUCUGGGUGAGCGGCAUGCUGCUCGCUGUGCCUUGUCUGCUCUACUCCACUACAAAGGAAUACAGGUCGAAAGGCACCCUCAAGACGGCUUGCUUGCUUGCUUGGCCGGACGGUCUGCCGGACGUAUCAUACAUGGAUUUUGUGUACCAAGUAUUGUUCUUCGUAGUGACGUACGCAGUCCCAAUGCUGGGCAUGACGUUCUUCUACUCGGCGAUGGGCCGCGUGCUGUGGGGCUCUCGGUCCAUAGGGGAGCUAACGCAGCGGCAGAUAGACUCCAUCCGGUCGAAGCGGAAGGUUGUAAAAAUGUUCAUAUUAGUGAUAGUCAUCUUCGGAAUCUGCUGGUUGCCCUACCAGUCGUACUUCAUCUACACGCACUUCAACCCGUCGAUCCUGUACAAGAAGUACGUGCAGCACGUCUACCUGGGCUUCUACUGGCUAGCCAUGGCUAACGCCAUGGUCAACCCGAUCAUCUACUAUUGGAUGAACGCGAAGUUCAGGACGUACUUCCGCACGGCCAUGUGCGGGUGGCGCGACGCCCUGCGCCGGCGCAAGCGGCCGCUGCCCGACUCCCCACCGGACUACCUCUCACAGUCGGGUAGCCGAUCCCGAUCAGGUAUAGAGGAACCGCGCGACUCAAGAAGAAAUGUAGCGAGCGAGUGGCCGCUAUUGUCGUGUCGGGAUCGGCCAGGCCUGCGGUCGCAGAGACCGCCUUUGCUUGCUAGCUGCCCACGUUGCCCGCACUCCUACUAUGAUGCUUACAUCCAUGGACGUAAAGUGUAAAAUAAACAAAAAAAGUGGUCAUCAGGGACUGAUUGAUAUUAUCAAGUAGGUAGGUUGUAUAUUUUGCAAAUUACAAAUGUAUAUGUUUUAAAGGUAGGUAGUUAAGUAAAAGUAAUACUUAAAGUAUUAGUAAGAUAAACGUUUAAUGUUUAGAAAUGUCUGAGUGGUGCUCAUUACGAAAAUAGUAUAAUAUAAUAUUAUCUGGUGAUGUAUUGUUUUUUUUUUAAUAUUAUCAGUAUUUUCAUACUUAUUCGUAAAUCUAAGAAAUCAAAUUGUAAAUCGGAAUUGUAA